UCAAAAAAGACUUCAAUUUUAAAUGAGAAACGGCAGUUCCUUCUCCCAGAAACCCACAACAAGCAACACAACUUACCCCAGCUGUGGGGUCGGGCUCCCGGUUACACGACACUCGUUUCCAGCCAACCUGAGCAAUAUAGUUUGAGCUCCAACUGCCUCUCGUCAACAGCCGUUUCAUGGGAACCCAGGAGGGAGAGAGAGAUUGGGUCGAUGUGGCAAAUGACCUUCUCUGCAAGUGUCCCAUAAAGCUCCGGCUGAGGAAACUGACGGACUGUAAUGCAAAUGUCUUCAUUGCGCUGUAUGAAAACAUCUUGGGGGAGAAAGUUCCUGAUUACAUUGCCGUGCCAUGCAGUCAAGAGGAUAACGUGCACAACGUUCAGUCUGUGAUUGAUUCCCUUUCCCUGGAUUACCUCCAGAUCAGUCUCUCACACAUUACAGGAGAAAAUGUCGUUGGGGGUGACAAAGAUUCUAUCAAGAACCUCCUGGAAAUCUUUGAUGGCCUCCUGGAAUAUCUCAAGGAGGAGAUAAGCGAGGAGUCACAGAACGGUGAAGAGCUGAAUGGGCGCGUGAAUGACGAUGUGCCCGAUGAAACCAAGGAGCCCUCAAGCUGCAAGGCCACACAACAGAAGGAGACUAAACUGGAUGGAGAGUCUUUGUCUUCCAGUGGAGAGUCCGCUGUCCAUUCCAGUAAAGAUUCCCUCCAUACCUGGAAUGCGGAGGAGAUGGGAUCUACUAGUGAGCUCAUUGGGCUGGGAGUCUCAGCACGCACAUUCACAGCCAAACCAGAAGGACUGGCCGUGCCUCCCCAAACCUCAGAUGCUGUCCCCCUCUCUGGUCCUCUGGAUGCUCCUCUGACUGAGCCGCUGCCCUUGACCAUCGCUCUGCAGCCUCCCUCUCAGAGUGACACCCCCCACCGACCCGUCGCAGGCUCUGCUGGCCUCAGACCAGGCCCGGUAGAAGAGGGAGUCGCGCCUGUCCCUACAGAGAGCUCUAAACCGCCUGCUGAGACCGUUGUGACCAAUGGACUACAUUCUCCUCCACAGUCUCCAUGUGCGAGGGAGAAGUCAUUGUCCAGUCCGCAAAGAGCCGGCACAGAAGCAGUGGGGGAGACACUCGAGCCAACCGACAAGGGUCCCAGGAGGGUUUUAUUCCGCACCAAGCCAGAUGUGCUGUUCCUCACUCUGCAUGAUGAGAGGACGGUCACAACCCCUUCUGUGCCAGACGCUGAGGAGGAGGAGCAGCAGCCAGAUGAGGACUAUCUAGGUUAUCCACUAAAACGACCCGACAGCAGGAUUAACCACGGGCUCGAGACGGGCGUCGGAGGCCUGUCGGAGGAGCCUCUAUCGUGUCGCAGACAACGAAACAAGCAAGCGGAGGAAGAGCUGCAACACAUAUCUGAAAACCUUUCCCAUCGACUCGAGGAACUCGAUCAGAUGCUCAAACGAGUUCUGGGGGAAACCGGAGAGUCCGGUGAAGUCAGAGAAGAAGACAAGCAGUCCCACCACAGUGACAGCAUCAUGGAGUGUGGCAGGACUCCCAGGCAACACACAGAAACUGCUGACGGCGAAGCCACUCACAGGACGCGCUCCUUAUCCCCCUCCCCUCCACGGCUCCGUCGCUCCCUGCACGGACAGUCAAACGAUGCCGUGGCGGAGGCCUGGAGUCGGGAUAGUGGGAGACAAACCAACCUCGCAGCUCCUGAUCAUUCAAAGGGAGCAGAGCGGCGCCACAGACUGCCUCACAGGAAACAUAGGAAGUAUGUGGAGAACGAGGCCUAUGAGGAGGAGCUGAAAAGAUAUGAGGACAAAGAACGGGCCGAUCUGGACAAGGCUCGGCUGAAAGCUCAACAGGCCGAGCGCCAGUACAGAGAGGCUUUACUAAAAGAUGUUUCCGAAGAACCCAGACUGUCCCCAGCAAGAACCAAGACCCAGCGUAGUUCGCAUCGUGACGCACAAACCACAACGGGACGGAGAUUGGCCCAGAGGAAAACGUCAAUGAAGGUCAAGGAGAAUGAACUUCUUCCUGUGCUCCUUGAGGAGUUGCCCCACCUUCACAUCUCCCCCCGCGCCCUGGGUCGGAUGUGGGAGCAGCAGAUGCAGCAGGUGGACCGACUCCACGCCCUGUCAGCCCCUCACAGCCAGCGUCGAAGCAAACUCUCAAGUCAGGUGGAGGAAGCCCAGAAGAAACAUGACCUGCUGGUGGAGAUUCUACGUAAAGAUAAGGACCACAACAGGCGUCUGAGGGAUUUCAAAGAGCGCAUCCAGCAGCAGAAAUCCACCCAGAACCGACUGAGGGACCAGAGGCAGCAGGUAGCCCGAGCAAAGAAGUAUCACAGCGACUACCACGUCCAGCACCGCGCCCGCCUGAUGAGGGCACGCACCAAGGAGGAGAGGAUGUUUCGCCAGUUGUUUGAGGAGGGGCUGGAGCUACAGAAAGUCCGGUUGAGAGAGCAGAAAGCCCACGCAAAGGAGCAGCGUCUGGAACAUCAGCGACGACACCAGAACCAGAUCAAGUCCAUGGAGAACUAUUAUAAAGACCAAUUUUCACUACUUGCUGAAAAACUUUCUGAAGAGCGGCAGGAGAUCCAGGUCCGGAAAAAAGCUCAAGAAAAGGCGCUGCUGAAGAUGAAGAGAGAGCUGCGCUCCAGGAUGGAGCGUGAAAUCGGUGAACUGCAGAAGAUAAUCGUCCAGAACGACGAGGACGACCAUUUCCAGGACCUGGAGGUCCAGACGCUGCGCAAUCGGGUCCAGAUGGCUUCCUUCCAGUACAACACCAGCUAUCUGCACUGAUCAGGGGGGCGGGGCUGUUUUAAGCUCCGCUUGAUUUACAUCACAGCAACAGGCCGCAAGAGACUUGUUUCUGCUUUUCACAACUAUGGGUACGACUGUCUGGCCCUUGGAGAUUUGCACAAAAAUAGGAAAUUAUACAAGUCAUUAAUUAACUGAACACUCCACAACGUGUAGCUAAAUUCCUCCCACCUCAGCUGCUAUACAAGAACUUAAUGACCGCAGAGUCCUCUUCUUCCAGGUGUUCCUUGAUAACGAAGACGGUUUCAAAUGGUUUCCUCACUGUGCUGAUAUUGUAGCAAACAACUUGUGAAAUGUUCUCCCUCUUGCCAAAUGGGGACAACUGGUGCAAACAAAAGCCUGAAUGUCCUACAUUGAUGUAUUUUUAACUCUUAACUAUUUUCCCACCUAAUGUGUGCAAUGUCUUAACCAUUAUUUAUUUUUAUGCUUUUAUGUUUGAUUUUUAAGUAACUGGGUGUUGUCCGAUCACCAGGGGGCGAUGAUAAUCAAAUCUUUCAUGACUGUUUUAACCGAUCCAAAGCGUAGCGCUGUUAACGCUGCCCACUAAUGUAUCUAAUGAGCACACAAAUGCGCCUUCAUCAUCAUCCAUUAAAUGUGUGGGAUCAUAAA